CAUAGAAAAUGGCUGUUCAUUUCAUGCUGCAACUCUUUUGCAACACGUGCAAGUAGAUAUUUCGGCCUGAUAUUGCUGUGCAUGACAGAUAAACAAUGGAGUCCAUAGAGGAUAUUAUGAAAAUGGACAAGGAGCAACUGACGGAGCCUAUCCGUACUGUCAAGGACAAGUGGAAGCUACUUCCUGCUUUUCUCAAAGUAAAAGGCCUUGUCAAACAGCACAUUGAUUCUUUCAACUACUUCAUCAAUGUUGAGAUCAAGAAGAUAAUGAGGGCCAAUGAAAAAAUAACAUCUGAUGCUGAUCCCAACUUCUAUGUCAAGUACCUGAACAUCUAUGUUGGCAUGCCAGAUGUAGAAGAAGGGUUCAACAUCACAAAGCCAAUCUCUCCACAUGAGUGUCGCCUGCGGGACAUGACCUACUCGGCCCCUGUCACUGUGGAUAUCGAGUACACACGUGGAAACCAGAGGAUCAUCCGCAACAACCUGCCCAUUGGCAGAAUGCCAAUAAUGCUGAGAAGCUCCAAGUGUGUGUUGAAUGGAAAGAGUCCGGCAGAAAUGGCCAAGUUGAAUGAAUGUCCGAUGGAUCCUGGCGGCUACUUCAUCGUGAAGGGCGUGGAGAAGGUCAUCCUGAUACAGGAGCAGCUGUCCAAGAACAGGAUGAUUGUUGAUAUCAGCAGCAAGGGAACGAUCGAGUGCUCAGUCACAAGUUCCACCCAUGAAAGAAAGAGUAAGACAUAUGUUGUUGUCAAACAUGGGAAAUAUUAUCUCAAGCACAACACUUUUUCAGAGGACAUUCCUGUGGCUAUUGCCUUUAAAGCGAUGGGAAUCGAGUGUGACCAGGAGAUCGUGCAGAUGAUCGGCAGUGAGGAGGAGGUGUUGGCAGCCAUGGCCCCCUGUCUGGAGGAAUGUCACCGAGCUCAGGUGUUCACACAGAACCAGGCAUUAAAGUUUAUUGGAAACAAAAUUCGCACAAGGAAUGUUUGGGUUGGUUCCAAGAAGACGAAAGUUGAUGAAGCUCGCGAUGUGCUUCAUGGAGUCGUCCUUGCUCAUGUUCCGGUGGUACAGUGGAAUUUCAAGGUCAAGGCUGUGUACUUGGCCCUGAUGGUGCGAAGGAUAGUUCUUGCUGAAGGUGACAAGGUGAAGGUUGAUGACAGGGAUUACUAUGGCAACAAGAGGCUGGAACUGGCAGGGCAGCUGCUCUCCCUUCUGUUUGAAGAUCUCUUCAAGAAAUUCAAUGCUGAGCUGAAGAAGAUAGCAGACAUGACUAUCCCCAAGCCAAGAGCGGCCCAGUUUGACAUAGUGCGCCACAUGAGACAGGACCAGAUCACCAAUGGCCUUGUCAACGCCAUCUCCACUGGUAACUGGACAAUCAAGAGGUUCAAGAUGGAGAGAGCUGGAGUAACGCAGGUUCUGUCCCGUCUCUCCUACAUCUCAGCUCUCGGCAUGAUGACAAGGAUCUCCUCACAGUUUGAGAAGACCAGGAAAGUGAGUGGUCCACGAUCCCUGCAACCGUCACAGUGGGGUCUGCUCUGUCCCUCCGACACACCAGAAGGGGAGGCAUGUGGUCUGGUGAAGAACCUGGCUCUGAUGACUCACAUUACCACAGACAUGGAUGAGGCACCAUUGAUCCGACUUGCUUUCAACCUCGGUGUGGAGGAUGUCCAGCUGCUUAGUGGAGAGGAGAUGUCCAGUUGUUAUGUCUACCUCGUCUUCCUCAACGGAAACAUCCUUGGAGUCAUCCGAGACUACAAGCGUCUUGUCCGUACAUUCCGCAUGAUGCGUCGGGCCGGAUACAUCAGCGAGUUUGUGUCCAUCUUCCCCAACCAUACUCAUCGAUGUGUGUACAUCGCCUCUGAUGGAGGACGAGUCUGCAGACCAUACAUCAUAGUACAGAAUGGAAAACCCUAUGUGACCAACAAGCAUAUAAAGGAGCUGAGUCAGGGAUUUAGGUGUUUCGAGGACUUUCUGAAGGAGGGUCUUGUGGAGUACCUGGAUGUAAAUGAGGAGAACGACUGUAUGAUAGCACUGUACGAAAAGGACAUUACCAGUGACACUACCCACCUGGAGAUAGAGCCAUUCACCAUCCUGGGUGUGUGUGCCGGUCUUAUCCCCUACCCCCACCACAACCAGUCCCCUCGUAACACGUACCAGUGCGCCAUGGGGAAACAGGCCAUGGGUUCCAUAGGGUACAACCAGAGGAACCGGAUCGACACACUGAUGUAUCUGCUGGUCUACCCACAGAGCCCCCUCGUCAAGUCUAAGACUAUUGAACUGGUCAACUUUGACAAGCUCCCUGCAGGUCAGAAUGCGACAGUGGCUGUGAUGAGUUUCAGCGGAUAUGACAUCGAAGAUGCUCUGGUGUUGAACAAGGCAUCACUAGACAGAGGUUUUGGCCGGUGUCUGGUGUACAGGAAGCAGACAUGUUGUCUGAAGCGGUACGCCAACCAGACUUUUGACAAGGUGAAAGGUCCUCUCCUGGCGACAACAAGGAAGCCUAUCUGGAGACACGAGGCCCUGGAUGCUGACGGGAUCUGUGCCCCAGGAGAGAGGAUAGAAAAUAAACAAGUGAUGAUCAACAAAGCAAUGCCAACUGUCACCAUGACAACCCUCACAUCCACCUCUGGUCAGCCACAACAGCCAGAAUACAGAGAUGUCCCAGUCACGUACAAGGCCCCAGAGGCUUGCUAUGUGGAGAAGGUCCUGAUCACAGCCAACCCAGAGGAAGCCUUCCUCAUCAAGAUCCUGCAGAGACAGACCCGCAGACCCGAGAUCGGGGACAAGUUCAGUAGUCGACAUGGGCAGAAGGGAGUCUGUGGUCUCAUUGUUCCCCAAGAAGACAUGCCCUUCACUGAUCUGGGAAUAUGUCCAGACAUUAUCAUGAACCCCCAUGGUUUUCCGUCACGUAUGACAGUCGGAAAGCUAAUCGAGUUACUAGGAGGCAAGGCUGGUGUGUUGGAGGGAAAGUUCCACUACGGAACAGCAUUUGGAGGGGACAAGGUGACUGACCUGUCUGAGGUGCUGGUGGAUCAUGGCUUCAACUACCUCGGCAAAGACUAUGUGACUUCAGGAAUCACAGGUGAGCCGCUGACAGCUUACAUCUACUUUGGGCCGGUGUACUACCAGAAGCUGAAGCACAUGGUGAUGGACAAGAUGCACGCCCGGGCCAAGGGGCCCUCCGCCGUCCUCACCCGCCAGCCCACUGAGGGGCGGUCCAGAGACGGGGGGCUUCGUCUGGGGGAGAUGGAGAGGGACUGUCUCAUUGGAUACGGUGCAAGUAUGCUGUUGUUGGAGAGGUUGAUGAUCUCCAGCGAUGCUUUCGAGGUGGACGUGUGUGGCGAGUGUGGCCUUCUUGGAUACUCAGGGUGGUGUCAGUACUGCAAGUCGUCCAAGGCCGUCUCCACACUGAAGAUGCCGUACGCCUGCAAGCUUCUGUUCCAGGAACUCCAGUCCAUGAACAUCAUACCCAGACUCACACUGAAGAAGUACAAUGAAGUCUAGCUCUGGCGGAGACUAUAGGGGCUGUAAUGGCGGUCCUAAUACUCACCUGCCAGUGUCCUACAGUAUGUGCUGUCUACACAUUACUCCAUUGUGUAGCGGGAAUACUGUUCAAAGCUGUGUUAAACCUAACUCCCUCACUCACUCAGCAAAGUCAUCUGAAUAACGAAGAAUUGUGUGUGGAUAUUUUAUGUCCCUUCCUGAAGGAACUUCUUGGAUUUUCUUUUCAAAAUAAGUGAGCUAAACUUGAUUGAUAGGUAUAGAUGUUUGACAUAACAUAUGCUCAGCUUCAUCUGUGGUGUAACUUGCUGGAGGCAUGAAGUGCUGGAACAACUGAUGUUUUGUGUGACUGUCAAGAAUACAGCUAAAUGUUUUGUAUGUCAAGAAAAUUUUGUUUUGUAUGGAUUGUGUACUCAGUUAUGUCAAUCGUUUUGUGAAGGGAUCGUGAUUGACAUGCAUGUUUGUACCGAGAGAAUGGUUUCCUAUGAAUGUAUAUAGUUUACUUCAUGGAAUUGAAGGAAAUAAAUUAUUUUGUUAUAAAGUUAUAA